AUGGCGGCCGCCUCAGUCGUCUCCGUGUCGUCGAUCUCUCGUCCUCUCCUUCACGGCAGCUGGGCCUCGUCUUCCGCUUCGUGUCACUCCGCCUCCUGCUCGUCCCUGUCUUUUGGGCCUCUCAGGGCCACUGCUGCUUCCUUCGUUCAGGGCUCCCGCGGCCACCGCCGGCUCGAGAGCGCCGGAAGCAGCGAAAGCAGCGGAAGCAGCGGAAGCAGCGGAAGCAGCGGAAGAAGAAUCAUUGGGACGAGGAGAGCGUCCUCCCUUGCCUCCCCGUCGGCCAACUACAUCAGGGAGGAUUACCUUGUGGUACAGUCAGGCUUAUCCUCCCGCGCUGUGGCCGAUGUCUAUCUAGGCACCCGUCUUGAUUUGUUUAUUUCUUGCUUGAUUAUCGCCGCUCUUGCGCUUCAUUUUUUGAUAUGCUACCUUGAUUAAUUCGUGGAAACAUUCUGAUCUUUUCCUUGGUCGGUGGUUGGGGGACGGGAUGAGCAGAAGAAGGUGUCCGCGAAAGAGCUGGGGGAGCUGGUGAAGGGAGAAAGAAGCGUCCCCAUUGUGGUGGACUUCUACGCCACCUGGUGUGGCCCCUGCGUCAUCAUGGCCCAGCAACUCGAGACGGUAACCCCUGCAUCAUGAAAACCAGAUGCCUGUGAAUUCUGUUCGGAUGCAGCUACCCUUUCUUCCUUUUUUUUGGGAAUUCUCUGUCUGAAAUCAGUAUUCAAGCCGUCACAUUUCUUUUUCGGACCGUCGUCUCUUCAGAGUGAUGAUGUCCCUGUUCAUUGACCAUCUCUGACGAGCGACCAGGGCCCAUUUGGGUAAUGGGUGGUUGAGUAAUCAUGAGAAGAUACGACCGAUCUUGAAUUUUUAGUCAUGGCAUGAUAGUUCUGACUCUGUGAGACCGGACGAUUUGUUGGAUAGGUCCGGGAAGGCUAUUGGAGAGCACCAGCUGGGUAAAGAGCCAGUUGGUUUCUGCUUAUCCCAAGUGUGUUCGCUGCCUGUUCUUCCUCCCUCCCGAUGCUUGUUAAUUUGUGAAGAGAAAAUGGAAAAUUCCUCGACUUUGUUCUUUGAUUAUGAAUUAUGUAGGGAUUUUUGGAAGAACAUGUGAUAGACUUGGAGGCUACUCACUUAGAAUCUCAGUCCUCAUGACACUUGCCCUGGGAACAUCCUAUCGGGGUAGUCCUAUUGAUGACAGGCACACUAUGUGGCUCUUGAAUGUUCCCAUGGGGGGAUGUAACGUAGAUAGCGGACAGAUGAUUCCCUCUCAGAAGAACUCCUUCUGAGAUCGAAUGGCACUGUCCGCUGGAAGUUUGUGAUUGUUGGGGGAGGCACGGUUCUUUCAUAGAAUCAGAGGUGGGCUAUUUACAUGGGAAGUUGGUUGGGAUUUAGAAUGUGCAAGAUGAAAACCAUGCAAGUAUGGCGAAAUUACAUUGUAUUCAUGUAGCUUUUCUCUAGAUGGCGACUUUAGCCAUGGGCUCAACCUGUGGAAGCUGCCUGCAGACUUUAGCCAGUCUGAAAGCGGGCUCUUCUACAAAGUUUGACGAUGAUGCUGUGUGACCGCUUCUGGGUGAACCCACAUGGAAAUGCGUCGAUGGAGGUCCGUCGACAUUUCUACUUGAACAUAAGAAGGAUGCCUUCUGGGUCAGCCCUAUAAUCUUGUUUGGGUGCCCCAUGUUGAUGCCUUUGAGGAUGUUCCAUCCCAUGAAUAAGAAGAGAUUGGGGCGCGUGAUUUUUCUGGUGAUCUGCGGGGUAAAAGUGAGUUGAUGUUUCCAUUCUUGCGAUUGCUGGCGCUGUUUAUUUUCCUAACCAAAAAAGAUGGGGACGAGGACGGACCUUUUAAUCUCUGAAUCUCUCAGGAUCUUGGUACAAAUUCUUGGAUGCAGACCGAACCCAGAAGAGAAACUGAUCGGACUACAGACAGGAACAGCAAGGUGCAAACUCUAGAAAAAUAAAGGAAACAAGUUGAUCUGUUUAAGAGGUGGUCUCCACAAGUUGGUUCUCCGAAAAUUCAAAAAAAUGCUCCUGCGAAUUAGUUGAUCAACUCAACUUUUUCUUCUUCAUCUUCAUCUUCAUCUUCAUCUUCACCACAAACAUACAUUGUCAGUAAAGCCGCAUAGCCUCAACAUGUGCCAGCAUAGGACCUGCAAAGUCCCAACAAAUUGAGCGUGAAUUGGAGAAGAAUUUGCAGCAACUUACCUCGGAUUUUAUGUCGGGAUGGCCGGGACAUUAAUCUUCUUUGACUUUAUGGGUACUUUAUUGUGCUGCGGAUCACAUCAGCAGGGCUUGCUGUUAGGUUCCCCGUAUGUUAAGAGCAUAUGUCCUAGAUUUUGUGCAAUGAGGAAUUCUUUUUUUCACAAGAAGCAGCUUAUCAUUGUGACCGUGUCUAAGAAUCUUAAUUUCUGAAGUUCCUUGUUAUUUCUCUCAAUGCCCGCCAGCUUGCGGUAGAGUACGAGAACAACGUCCUGUUCGUCAAGGUUGACACAGAUGAGGAGUAUGACUUUGCGAAUGAUAUGCAGGUACUCGAGAAGUUACCCACUCGUCUUAUGUGUGUAUUUAUUUAUCUGGCCCCAGCCCAGACUGUUUAUCCAAUUGUUUGACUUUUUUUGGGGAAUCUUCCAGGUCAGAGGGUUGCCGACAUUGUACUUCAUCAGUCCAGACCCUAACAAAGAGGCCAUCAGAACCGAAGGGCUCGUCCCUGCGGAGAUGAUCAAGAACAUCAUUGACAACGAGCUCUGA